AUGGAUGUCUUUCGCGUCUACACAUACUCGACAGCCGCAUGGCUGUCGCUUCAGAGUUUACCUUUAAUUACCGGACCGAGCAUGAUAGUGACUAUGCUGCUAGAUGAGACUCGGCCUGUUUCCCCCAUGGAAAUAUACUUCGCCCGAUGCCUCGGCUUCAGUUUCCUCACUAUCGCCGUUAUGACCAUGAUGCUAACCGGCUCCAUCCCUCUGACGGCCGACGUCAAGGAGUCUGUGACAACAGAGGAGGACGAUCCCAAGGCGCCAUACGCUGUGCCAACUCUGAUUGUGACCUCUGUCUUCCAUACCGCAUGUGCUCUCUACGCGUACACCUGGUAUGUUUCUGGUGGACAAGGUCUCUUUGCUGUUGGUGUUGCUGGAUACUCUAGUAUUGCGGCCAUUGGGUUGUGGUGCAUGCUCUUUGCCAGCAGCCAUGGCAGAAUCAGUCGCCGUACGGGUGCAGACAAGAGGACGGCGGGCUUUCCUUUCAAGAAUUCGGAAGCAGCGAAGAAACAUGGCAAGGGUCUGUAA